GUUGCAACAAUUUCUGAUUUUCAGCUGUUACUUUUCCUGUGCAAGGGUUUAUGUCAUUAUUUUGAGAGAGUGCAAGAUGGGUACUGGGAUGGGAGUAAAUAACUCACAUAAGGCUGGCUCUAGGACAAGUGGAUGAGAUGGAUGAUGUUAUAACAGAAGUUAUGGUUCUAGAGGGUGAACGAAGUGCAUGCAGGGAAGAUAGGUAGAGUAGGUUGGAGUGACAGUUGUAGAGGACUAAUAUCAUCUAGGUUCUUCAGCUAGAAAUGGGAAUAGACAAGGACUCUCACAGGGAAUUCGAUAAGCUGUACAAGAUGGAGCUCCUUGCCCUAUCCAAAUGUGCAGGAAAUAGUACAGUGAGUGGGUCAGUGUGUUCCAAGGACUAGUCCAGAGAGUGGGAAGAGCUUUAGUCCUUUCUCCUGGAGCAGGGAGGUCCUGGGGAGGGGUUGAGGGUAGUUGGCUGAGCAAAUUCUGAUGGCUGCUUAGAGAACUGACUAGAGAUCUGUAGCAGAGGUUAGAGUAGGUAGCUGUGGUGAGUGAAUGGGAACUGGGGAAGGCUCUAGGUUUCCUGGCUAGGGAAAGGGGCAAACAGGUCUUUUAGUGGAAGGUAGGUUAGGUUAGCUAUACAAGUGCAAGUUAAGUUUAUGGAAGAGACCAAGUGAAUUUUCUGUCAUUGAAUAUUUUUCUUUACUUUUUGCUGUGUGAGACAGGGUUAUAAUAUAUCCCUGACUAGCCUACCUAUAUAUCUAAAUAGAGUCUUGAAUCAUCUUACCUCCAUCCCAAGUGUUAGAAUUAUAAGUGUGCAUGGACAUACUUUCUUUAUGUACUACACUGGAGAGAACUCAGGGCAUCAUGAAUGAUAAAUAAACAUUUUGCCAACUUAGCUGCAUCUUGAACCCCACUACUGAUUUUUCAAAAAGAAUACUUCAUUGUUGCUUUUUGAACAUUUUGAACAUGAGCCACUUAUUACUGUGUUGUUAUGAUUAUUUUUAUACUAUUGUGCUUUCAGUCAGACUGGAGUUUUCAUAGUGUAUGUUUACUGAAAUCCAGAUACAAUAGACCAAAGACUUGGGAUAGGUAUAUAAAAGAACCUUACUUAUUUACUUUCUUUACCCUACCAGAUGGAUUCAUAUGUUUGCCGAAUAUGCUCUCGUGGGGAUGAAGAUGAUAGAUUUCUGCUCUGUGUUGGGUGCAACGACAAUUACCAUAUCUUUUGCCUAUUGCCACCGCUUUCUGAAGUCCCCAAGGGGGUAUGGAGGUGCCCAAAGUGUAUCUUAGCGGAAUGUAAGCGUCCCCUGGAAGCUUUUGGCUUUGAGCAAGCUACACAGGAGUAUACGUUGCAGAGUUUUGGUGAGAUGGCUGAUUCCUUCAAGGCUGACUACUUCAACAUGCCUGUACAUAUGGUACCUACAGAAGUUGUGGAAAAGGAAUUCUGGAGGCUGGUGAGCAGCAUUGAGGAGGAUGUGACAGUUGAGUAUGGAGCAGACAUUCACUCCAAAGAAUUUGGCAGUGGGUUUCCUGUCAACAAUAGCAAAUGGACCUUAUCUCCUGAAGAAAAGGUAAUUUGCCUAAUAUCUACUUUGCCCGUUUCAUUCAUAUGAUUGCAUUUUGUUUGGAUUUUUAUUGCUCUCCCUUUAUUUCAUUUCUCAUGCAAAUAGUAUUCUUACUACAUUUUCCCCUCUCUCAACUCCAAACAUUCCCCAGCUCUCCUCUACUCCAUUUCUGUCUCUGAUUAGAAGAGAACAGGCUUCUAAGAGAUAGUAACCAAACAUGACAAAAUAAAGUAUAAUAAAACAAAAA